AUGGAUCGCGAUGGUAGCCGCAAUUCUCCAAACUCCGAUCUAGACUCAUCAAAUGAAUAUGUGAAUGCUGCGAAUUGCAAUCAAAGAUUCGAUCGUCCACAAGUCGAGCGUCACUGCCGUCCGAACACCUUUGCUUACAGCCCACAAUCAACUGAUUCCUCUCACAAUUCAUACCAUCAGAAGAACACAUUCCAUCAACAACACUUCUCCACAUCUUUUCAACAACCCGCCGAUAACUCGAAUUUCUUCUCACCAAAUCAAUCGGCUGAUCAGACUCGUCACUUGCACGAUCCGGCUUUUGAUUUUCAGCGAUUCCCAUCCAAUCAUCUCGUUAGUUCUUUUUCCUGUCACGGAAGCGACCCACAAAGUUUAGAGGGAACGCUUUCGACUUCUCUCAAGCAAGAUUCACGAGCAAGGUCAUCUCACUCUUCUCGCCGAUCUCUCUCCCCACAGUCGCUCCACCAAAGUGGCUCAGCGACAUCGAACAGAGGAACAACAGGAAAUCAUCUCAGAUUUGAAACUUCAACCCCGCAACUCAACCAGAACUCUCUUUCCGAUUUAGACGAUUUCCCUGAUUUUUUAAACUCCCCGGAAUUUCAGAGAGAAACUCUUGCUUAUCAGAAAACCUCUCGUGAGGAAGAAAACAACCCGAAACUGGCCGAACAGGGGGAAAUCAAAUCACCAUUUCAUAAUCUUUGGGAUACGGAAAGACCACGUCAAGGAGCCUUUGUCGCUCCGCCGCCGAAUGCUGCAAUCGGUGAAACGCCACAGCAUCGACAAUCCGAAGAUCGCGAUGCUAGAUCACCGAUAGACGUUGAACAGGCGGGUCCCUCGGGUGGGGAUUCGCCCCGCGAUGGAACACCACCAACGGCGAUCCCCGCCGGCGGAAGACCGACUGCGAAUGAUGCUUGUGCUUCGAUCGUCAACCAUUUGAUGCUAUUCAAUUUGUCCAAAGAUGAGGACUUUAGCCGGAAAGCUUGUGAAUCGUUGAUCCGGAAAAUGAAGGAUAAACGCGGAGAGUUGGACACGUUGAUCAAUGCGGUCUCCUCGCUUGGAAAUGAACCCGGCCCAUGUGUGACAAUUCAAAGAACUCUUGAUGGAAGACUUCAAGUUGCCGGUCGAAAGGGUUUCCCACACGUCGUCUACGCGAAGAUUUGGCGUUGGCCGGAUCUCCAUAAAAACGAGCUCAAGCACUUGCCCAUCUGCAAAUGUGCUUUCGAUUUGAAAGUCGAUGUGGUCUGUGUGAAUCCACAUCAUUACGAGCGAGUCCUAUCGCCGGCCAUUUCCCAAAUGAUGAGCACCGAUAUGGCCAAUCUCAAUGGUGAAAGCGGUGCCAACGAGGUGUCAACUCGCUCAUUCGACUUUGGCGCUCACGGGGCACACUCGCAAAUCUCACCGAAUUUCUCGAUGAAUGCCAGUAUGGGAAUUGAUUUGGCUCCAUUGAAAGCUUGCCUCGACAAAGGAGAUGAUGAUGUCAUUGCUAUCGAAGAUCCGAACAAAUCAGGAAAAUCGCACUUAAUGAGUCCAAAUAUGUCAUUAGCAUCAAUGCCCGCAACGUCGUCGAUUCAAGGCUUUCGGGGUGGUGGCUUUGCCGGAAUGAACAACUUUUUUGGACAACAAAGAGAUCUGCAUGGUGACACACCAAUGUCGAUCUCAGCAUCUUCCCAAAUCUCACCCCGUCAUACAUCGCUCACUCAUUCCACAAAAGGAUUUUCUUCACCUCUUCAGGGACCAUUUCUGCCGAACUCGAAAGGAGGUCCACCACUGCGGAUUUUUCCCGAUGGAGCCAUUCAUGCAGUGAACACGAAUUUGGAGAGGAAUCGCAUGCCCGAACCACCGACGGCUGAAUUCAAUCAAAAUUGGUGUGCGAUCACGUAUCACGAGGAAACGGAGCCUGUUGGAGAGACGAGACAGGUUACUACAAACACGAUCUACAUUGAUGGUUUCUUUGAUUGUCAAGAUUCAACAAAAUUCUCGCUUGGUCGUCUGACGAACAUUCACCGAAAAGAAGCGUCAAUUAAAUGCAGGCAAUUCAUCGGUGAAGGCAUUCGAAUGUCAGUAAAAGAAAACGGAGAUGUUUGGAUGGAAUGUUUGGGGAAACAACCCGUUUUUGUCACCUCUUUCUAUUUGGAUCGUGAGAGUGGAAGGAGUGGUGGAGAUGCUGUGCACAAAAUCUAUCCUGGAGCAAUUCUCAAGGUGUUCGACCUCCGUCAAUGCCAUCAUCAGCUGAAAAAUCAGGCUUCAUAUCAACUAUUGAAACGCCAGCAGAAAGAACAAAUGCAACAAAUGCCUGGAACAAGCACUGAGAUGACAAGUGAUGAUGAAUUUAACAACAUUGGUGUUGACGAUUUUCGUCAUCCAUGUCUCGUUCGUGUUUCUUUCAUCAAAGGAUGGGGACCGGAUUAUCCACGAAAGACGAUCACCGAGACACCUUGCUGGAUCGAGGUUUCGCUCAAUAGAGCUCUCGAACUCCUCGAUCAGAUCAUGCACGAGCCGGGGAUGGUCGUCGAUUCAAGAGAUGAU